GAAAGUGCAGCCGAGAGCGAGCCGAGUGCAGCAACGCCGCGUCGGUAUUCGAUGGUCGCGCCUGUCGUGAGAAGUUGGCCGCGAAGUUCGAACGUUUUCCUCCGCCAUUUUGAACCCGCACGGGACGCCGCAUACGUGUGUCGCGAUUUCGUGCGCGUCGUACACGUCGCGUUUCUCUCGCGUUUACUCUUCCGUCGCGAUUAUGCGUUUAAAGUGCGCGUCGCGUCGCGUCGCCAGCGAUAACGAAACGGUAUCGGGAGUGUCGCGCAAAGCGUCGCGCGAUCAUAUUUCGGCGAUUAUAUUGCGCGCGUCGCGCGUGCAGGGUUAUGUCGUACGAUGUAUGACGCGUUCGAAUUUUGGCGAUUGUAUUACACAUACGCGUUACGUGUGACGACGGCGGAUGUGCCGUAUCAAAUAUCGCGCGAAUCAAACUUCAGCGGUUAUAUAGUUUGUUUUAACACGCGUCGUAUGCGAUAAUAUCGGGAGUGCCGUACAAAGUGUCGCGCGUGACCGUAUAUUCCACUGGAUUAACGCGUACGUAAUCAGUCCUCCGGGCGUAAUUUUCGCGAGUGCGAUCGCUAUAUGGAGAAACAAUGACAAGGAAACACGAGAGGGUCCGGAGAGACGAGGAGGAGGAGAAGCCCAAGGAAGACACGGCGCAGCAACCGCAGAGACGAGACGACGAUGAUGAAAUCCAUCGUGGCGCCCAAAGGAAUUUCAUGGAAAGUGCCUCCCACUCGCCUGUCUCUCUUUCUCUCUUCCUCUCUCCGUUCGAGAUCGACCGGUCCAGGCGCCCUUAAAAGAGGAACGGCGCGCAACGAAUCAGCAUGGAGCCAAAGGAGGCAGUCUUCGGUAGCAAUAUCUCAGAAACGGACGUGCGGCAUAAUCGGGACUCGUUUACGGGUGACGGGAAAGAAGCGAACGUGCGAGUUCUGUCCGUCGACAAAGUUACCGUCGAGAAAAUCGUCCUCGAAUCUUCGAACGGAUCGCGAGAAGUGUUGCUAACGAAGAACGAGUCGUCGAGAAAAUUAUCUCUGAGUUCGGAGACGAGUUCGAAUGUCGUCGAAUGCGUGAGAGACGAGCGGCAGAAAUCGGCGAAUAACGAUAGAUUUCGAGUUUCGAUAUCGGAGAACGCGUCAAAAUCAAAAGAUUCUAUUCCUAAAUCCGUCGUGUCGGGCGGUCAAUCGAAACUUCCUAUUCCGAAGAGCCGGAAGAGUAACGGUGUUAGUAUUUCGAGCGAAGAGACUAGAAUCAAGCCGAUCAAGUACCCUAAAAGCCCGUCGAUCGGUAGCAUCGUAAUUAAAGAUUUGAAUUCGGCGAACUCUAUUGUCAAGAAGAACAAGGUACCACCGAAGGUCCCGGAGAGAUCUGUAACUAAAAAUGAGCGUAAUUCAUCUUUGAUAGUGACUUCGGCCUCCUCCACGAAGACAGAAUCUUCGGAAGAUUUAUUGUCGAAGGGGGAAAAAGUUGUUGACAAGACAGUGGCUGAGGUUAAGCAAGCGCAAACUGAGCAAGAACUUCUCGAAGCGGAAGAUUUUGCGGGCGAUAAAAAAGGUGACGACAGUAUAAGCUCCGCCGAAAUCGAUAAACGCAAUGAGACAUCGGAUGCUACGAGCGUGAACUGCAAACGUGAAUCGGACGAAAUAGAGAUUUACAACGACGUUGAAAAUCGCGGAGGAUCAGACGCGAGUAUCGACAGAGACGUGCGGGACCGCUUGGAGAAAAGCCAGUCGACUAUCGACGAUCUUCAGAAGAAUCUGAGCACCAAGAUUCACGCCAGUACUGCGCGGAGCUACAAGGAGAAGCUGCUGAGUCUCCGGGCGAAUUAUUUUCGGAAGUCGCCGAUUAUCUCGGAGUCGAAUUGCAGCGAGAUAUUAAGUUCCGGAUUCGACAAGGAUUUCCUCGAGCGGCACAACCUCGAUAAGCAGCUAAAAAUCGAGGAGAAGAGGCUGCUGGAAACCGAUCUCGAUUACACGUCCGACAACGAGGCCGACGAGCGGCCGUCGGGUGAGAUCGACGUCAAACGCAAGUACAGCGAGAAGGUGACGGAGGUGGAGAAAAGGUGGUCCGGGGAAUUUUUGGACGAUCGCUUGCAACGGAACUCCUCGGAAUCCUCGAAGUCGUCUUACGUCGAAGAAUUCGGCAGCGUGUCCUCGCGCGAGAGUAUCGUCGAGGAUCGCGACGCCCAGCUGCUGUUUGACCGGAAGCAUCCGGAGGCGAAGUACGCGGGGAGGCGAGCGUCGAUCGACGAGCCGAAGAGACGGACUUCCGAGGAGAUCGAAAACAGCACCGUGAGCACCGUCGACUCCGAUUCAUGUCUGGAGGACAGAAUCAAGGCGAUCGACGAAGACAUCGCCCAGGUAGCGAACGGAGAAGACGAGAUACAGACGGACGAUAACGAUAACGACGAUAUUAUCGAUGGAUCUGAUCGAGCUUACGGCGGCGAGGAAGAUAAAGAUUGCGCUCGGUGGAAUGAAGAAGUAGAGAGAGCCGAUACGAUUCUCAUUACAACGGCAACUCACGAGGAUCUAAAUUUAAGAAAAGAAAAUAUUAAAAGUGACGCGAUUAGCGUUACUUACGAUCCGAAUUCGAACGAAGUGACGACUAACUGUGAAAAGAAUAUCGAGGAGGUGAAAAACGAAAUACCUCUUAUCGAUCGGAAGAAUCUUUUAACGGAAAAGAGAAACGAUAAAAUUUGUAAUUCUUUUACGGUGGUCAACUCGAAGGAAUCCACCUAUCCGACGACUUUCGUUGUCCGAAGUAAUCGCGGCAGCGACGGUUACGCGAGUCUUAUAAAGGAAUUUGCAAUGGAGGCGGGAUCGUCCAAGGUGAAGAAGGAGGAGAAGCAGAAGAAGAAGCUCGGCUUUCGGCGUCUCUUACCGGCUAUCUUCUCGCCGAAGGACUCGCGAAAGGAAUACAAGAAGAAGGAGCAGAAGGAGCGACGGAGAUACGACGAGCGACACUUCGCUCGUUAUCAGCAAAAUGGAAAUUACACGAGGUCGCCGGACACGAUGAAUCUGAACGAGGACAUCAAGAGAAACGUUAAACUUGACAACAGCCUGAACGGCUCCAUCAUCGAGGAGAGACUGGAUGAGAUCAAACGAGAAUUGUUCCCCGAGCAGGGGCCAAUCACUAGUACGCCCGAUCACUUCCUGCAGACGGACGACACGCGACUUCUUCGCGAGAGACCCAGAGGUCAAAGGUCGUACACCGCGGACUCCAGUCUCAGCUCGAUCGCGCCAGACGAGCGAUGGCUGGAGAGAGGCGGACAGUUCGGCAUCUCGCCCGACGUCAGGAAGUACGAGCAGCGGCAGAGGCGCGAGGAGCAGGACAGCCGGCGAUACGGCCAUCUGGAGCGUAAACACAGUCUGCAGGAGCCGAAUCACGGCGCGCGUAUUUAUGUCUUCCAGAGGAAUCACGGUGCCUCCGGCCGAAUCUCGGCGCCGCCUGGCGAACGGUAUUUCGUACGGUCGCGUGCUAUUCAUCCCGUUGACAGGCCGCUACCGGAGAUCCCGCAGUCGCGACUCGAGCUGUCGAACUACGAAAAUUAUCGGGACGGCGUUGAUCAACUCCAGUCCGGGCUUUACCAGAACAGGAGCCUCGAGGCGGGUCUGAUUCACAAUUCGCCGCAGUCGGUUGCCGCGCAAGUUAAAAUCACUCGACAACCGAUCGUGAAUCAAAAUCAGAGAGCGCCGUUAAUCGGAAGAAGCCCGAAAUAUCCGUCGUCCGGCUCCAGUCAAAAGUCCGGCGAUUACGCCGAUUCGAGUUGCACGCCUAACUCGAGUCAGAAGAGCGAGUUCUCGCCCACCAGCUCGAAGAGCGGCGAGUAUUAUUUAAACUCGCCUCGUAGCAGUGCUCGAACUUCACCCGCCGACCGGCCGCUUUUCGAAGACGCGCGCGAAAGGCUUUACGAGAACGAGGGUCAAACCGUGACUUCUCAGCCGUCCGGUAACUACAUCGAGGAACAUGUUUACGACGAGACUCCGCCGUGUCGUGAGGAACAUUUUUCGAACACAGAAGUGUCGGACUGUAUAGCGGAGAAUUCGCCGAAGAAGAGAAAUGAUGAUAUGGUGUUCGAACUAAAAUGUUCACCGAAUCAACAAUCACCCUCGAAGAAUUGUUCCUUGCAAUAUUGCGAGGAUAAUGAAAACGCACGAAUGGAGUCGAAACAAGAAAUCGAGAAAUCACGCGAAGAUUGUUUAAAGAGUUACGAGACUGCUGACGUAAGUUUGAAGAGCGACUCACUGGCGUGCAAUCAAGCUGAGAGAUCGUCCAUUCAGAACGUAUCACCAUCGAAACUUGGCGUGACGGUAGCGACGUCGCCAUCGGUGGGAUCUCGCGCCAGGAGGUCACAGCCCGACGAGCAAAUUCUGAUAGCUUCACCCAAGCGAGAAGCCAUCUGCCAGUCUCGAAUCUCUCGGCCGUCGAACGAGGCCAGGAUCUGCAACGCGGAAUCGCCUGUGCCCAUCGCGGAUUCGCGCGGAGAUCACGGUGUGAUCUCUGGCAUCGUCCCAAUUGAAGUGCGAAAUCAGUACGGCGGCCAGAAUUCUUCCAUCCCGAGAAUGGGGAGAUCUAUGGGACAGAGAAGUCCAUUAUUCUGCGGCUUUUCGAAAGGUAUCUCGCGUCCCGAGCCGAUUUACGGACGGUCGAGCCCCUCGCGCGGCAACACGGUGACCAGGGAGAUGAGAGAAGGCGGACGCGAGAACGAUCAGUUGCCGCCACCCGAUCCGUAUGGCUCGACCAAACCGUGCCGCGACGUCGACGAGAGAACAGCUCGGAUUCAUAGUAAUUCGACGUCGCAGAGCCCGCAGUUAUGCGUUUCAGAGACCAAACAAAUGCUCACCGAGCCGGGGAGAAUAGUGGCACGAUCCCCGAUACGCGAACCGUCGAACGCGGCUCAAGAUAUUUGUCAACAACGGCGACACGAUACCGUUCAGCAGCAGCGAACCCCGUUCGUGGCGGCAGCGACGACGUUGGAGGGUCGGCAGUCGUCGCCGACCACGAGCCAGGACAAGAUGUACGUAAGCGCGAGUUCGCUUCAGCGCGAGCCGAUUUACGAGCAACGUCAACGGCAGUAUCAACCGCAGCAGCAGCAGCAGCAGCAGCCGCGACAAGGUCAGGAGCCGCACGUUCAGCGAGUCGACGCGACGUGCGGCCAGCAGAGUUAUCCGACCUGCGGACUGUUAUCGCCCUCGAAGCAAAAGACCAGGCAUGCCCUGGAGGUAUUUUACUGGCAGCAAAAGGCGAUAGAGGCGCAACGGAAGUCGGCCGUUUCGUCGGCGAGGCAGUCGGCGAGGCAGAUCGCGCCGAAAAUCGAUCUGCCGGAGGUGCGAGAUGCGGUGUACUGGCAACAGUUGAAGAGGCUCGACGAGGAGCAGCAGCGGCGGAUUUACGAGCAGAAUCUGAUGGAGGACGGGCUGUACGAAGCGCAUCACAGAACGAGAACAGGCAGUGUGACGAAUCAAGCAUUCAAUAACGCUGCGGCGCUUGGUUCUGUCAUUCACGGGGAAAGAUCUUACUGGAGUAACGUGCAGCAGCAACGUCUCAAGAUGAGUCCGGCCGGAAAGCCGCCGUUAAUGCAGGUGCAAAAGGGUCAGAAUCAGCCGGUGCUAAUAGUCAGGCCGCAGCAAGCGCUGCGGGAUCGUCAGGAGAUGUUAAAGUCCAUAAACCCGCGUGAUCUCGCGGUAUACGACAGCCAGAGGUCGAAGAGCGCCUCUCCGCACUUUCACAGAGGCGACAUUGAGCGUACCAGGAUUUACGAAGAGGAUGGCAGGUACCUCGACGGCGAGGUAAGACCUCGACCGCAUCCUAUAUUCAAGAGAGGAAGCUUAAUAGGGGGAGAGUCGGUGGAGUACGGAAGUACCGGUCCCAAGAGGGUCAGUUUCUCCAAUCAGCCGAACGCCGGACCGGAAUUAGCGGCUGGCAGCUGGCCGACCAAGCACGGAACGGCACCCGAGCCGCCCACCAGGCGACACAGAAGCGAGGACAGCGCCUCGGACAGCGACUCGGUGUUUUUGCCUCAAGAUCGACACGACGGAACUCAGGACGCUUCGUACGAGUACGAUGCUAACAAACCUCUGCCUCCUCUGCCCAAGGACUCCCUGAUAAUUUCCCGCCGUGGAAAUAGUUAUAACGUUGCCACAAGUUCUUCAAUUUAAACCGACAAUAAACGCGGCCUCUCGAAACAACAUAUUCCGCGCCAAAUGCAGGAAGAGUGGAAUCCAGAUGGCAAGGGUCGGCAGUCCAACGAUACCGGCGGAUCUGUCAGGGGGGAGAUUGAACCCGGCUCGAACGAGCUCACACCUGGCAGACGGUCUGGCGGUGGCGGCGGCAUCGGUGGCGGAGGCGGCGGUGGCGUCUUGGGGGUCGGCGGCGGUGGCAGCGGCGGCGGCGGCUCGGGGGGCCGCAGCUCCUCCGGCGGCCGCUCGAGAGACGAGCCGAGGAGGCACACCCUCGGCGGCGAUCAUCAGCCCUCCCUCCAUCAUCAGCAGUUCAACGCGGCGCAGCAGCUGCACCCCCUUCAUCCGCAUCAUCUGCCGCCACCACACGGCCAGUACGGCACCCCGCCCUCGCGGCACACCACCAUGGAUCUCGAGAUGGGGACCAAGUCUCGCCAGAGAAAGUCGCCUCUUCCGCGUGGCUACCCACCCCCGUCUUCGACGAUGCUUUUCGAUGAUGACCCGGGUAUCAUGUCCGAGGUGGAGACCUCCAGCACGGGAUUUCGGCGAGGGGGCAAGCAAAGAAGCAGCCUGCCCGUUGUACGAACGCCCAGCAAGACUUUGGAGCGACCACUAGGACUGGUGUUCCUGCAGUACAGGAACGAGACGAAGAGAGCAUUGUUGCCGAACGAGAUUACCAGUAUAGACACCGUCAAAGCUCUUUUCGUUAGAAGCUUUCCGAAACAACUCACAAUGGAAUACCUGGACAGUCCUCAUGUAAAAGUUUACAUACACGACAGCAACAAGGACAUGUUCUACGAACUCGAAGAUCUAAGAUCGCACCUGAGAGAUAUCAGGGAUCGCAGUGUCCUGAGACUUUUCGAGAGUGCCGACGGGGUGACGGGGAUGCCAGGGCCCAUGGGGGUGCCUGGUGGCGGUGGUGGUCUGCCUCCCCAUUGGGAAGAUCAGAGCUACUUCAGCGAACCGGAAUUUGACAGCGAAUAUCAGCAUCAGCACAUUCACAAGAGCAAGACGGCCAAGAACUCGACGUCCGGCAGCGGGUAUUACGUGGGCGGGAGCAGCACCCUGCCGCGCGGUGGACCCCUUCUGAGGGCGUACAGUCCGGCGGCGUCGAGCGUCGUCGGAGGUCCGAGCGCGACCCCGACGACCCCCAAGACUCUCACCACACCGGAUGGUUGGAUAGGUGUUGGCGGGGUGCCGCCGGCCAAGCCGCUUCGCAGCUACCAGUGUGGUAAGAGUCCCCUUGGAAGCCUCGGGGGCUCGGCGCGCUUCUCUAGAGACAGCUCGGUCUCCCUCUAUAGUAUACCAGAUCGACUACACGGGGAGAGCGGAUACAUGAGCAGCCCCGAGCGCGGCGGCGGCGUCAGUUCCGGAAGCGGAAGAUACCCACCCGGGCCUUACAGCGCCGGCAGCAGCUACGAGGAUCCGUAUUAUUCGCAAUACUCGGGGACUGUUACGCCCGUCAUCGACGAGGAAGCCAGCGCGGAUGUGUAUGUUUGUUGCGGGUGGUGCAGCGAUACGGAGCUGUUGGAGGAAUCGUACAGCCUUUACGGCGUGAAACCACCGGGGCGUCCGCCGUCUGGUCCCCCGCGGUCCCCGUUUCCUCCGGGGGCGCCGCCCUCCCUGCCCGGCGGACAGGGCUACGACGCUACUCGGAUAAGGGUGGAGCACAUGGAAAGACAACUGGCCAAUCUAACCGGGCUCGUACAGAAGGCACUGACACACGCGCCGCACACCAGCCCGUCGCCGCGAGAGUACUUGCAGGUCCCGCCGGGACGUGAUCCUUACGCGAGAGCAGCAGGCGCCGGGGACGAGUUCGACAAACACUCUAGCUCCAGCUCUGCCUCACUGCCAGUGUCUCAACCUGCCGUUACAGAUGACUCGUACUUAAGGACUGACGUUAAACCGCCAAAAUUAGGCAAAGACAAGUCGGUGUCGUUUGAAAAGUCAGUGUCCUUCAGUGACGAGCCACCAGACAUGAACUCCCCCAAACAACAUUCCCCGCAACAUGCAGCGGACACAAAACCCACGAAACCGGCAAUCAAAUCCUCCACGUUGCCGAGGAUGUCGUCGCAAGAGAGAGACAGGCACAAGCCGACACCACCGCCGAAACCGGCCGCGCUGGUGGCCGGUCAGUACGUCUACAGGGACCUGGCGCUCACGCCGGAGAUGUACAAUCAGCUGAGGGGUCUGCAGAAGAAGGCGAAAGACCUUAGGCAAGAAGUGAGAAAUUUAAGGCGCAUGUCGCAAGCCCAGGCUCAUACGGUGCGUGAGACUAUCAAGGACACGUUCAUUACGAUUAGGGCCAUGCUAUUAUCGGGAGGAGACGCAGUUUGGACGGCCGGGGACACGGAGAAGAUUCGACUAAGCCGCGAAGAAGAUCUCUACAAGCAGGAAGUGAUAAGGCUGGAAAAAGAUCUCACCGAGCUCGAGAGCACCGUGGAGGAGCUUCGCGGUAAUGUGAUCAAUAGAAAGACGCGUGUCAAUAUGUCGGAUGUGGAGAACAUGGCUUUGAUAUUGAGUAAAUCCAGCAAAACUGUGGCCGACCUGAAAGUACGGUUUCCGAGUUUGCAAGAGGGGAUGAAGGGUCUACUGAGCUCGGAGAUGGAAAAAGUGGUGCGCGAGGAGAAGUUCCUGAAGGAAGAACCCGAACGACUGGAGUCUGCGCUGAGACGUUGCAAGAAACUCACCGGCACCCUCGUGACGCUCAAACGCUUGGCGUCGGUGCAAGAGCAGCGAUUACCAAACGCAGCGAGCGUAGACGCCGAGGAAACGCCGCCUGUAACACCGACGACGGCACAGCAUUCCAAGGCAGCUGCCCCUGUGCCAGCGGAACGCACUGUCGUGGGGUCAGCGAGCGUCCUCGGGGGAGGGAGCCACCCUCACGAGCCAUCCGCCGACCAUCAGCAGCGUCCGGAGAACGCACUCGACGCUCUGCUAGACGAGCUGCAGACCUUCUCCCGACCAAGCUCGCAGAUGGGCCACGUGUCGAGCAGCCUGUCGGUUCAUCCGGGCCCGAACGUGCUCCUGGCCGACAUCGGCCGCGCCUCCAGCCUCCGAGAAUCUACAAGCGUCGCGACAACCGGUGGCGGCGGCGGACGCGCUCCCAACAUCAGCGAUAUCGGUCGGAAGGGCAGUGUGGAUUCCUCCAGCGGUACCCUAACUGCACCCACCGUCAGCCUGAUGGGCUUACCCGGGAUGGCGCCGGGCGGCACUCUACGUCGCCUGCACUCGUAUCCCUCGAGCUCGGACACCGACACCUCGCCGCCCAUCGCCAGGUUGCAGGCGCUGUCGCUGCAGGACCAGCAGGUACAGCAACAACAGCAGCAACAGCAGUCGCAGCCGGGCAUGCCGGUGCUGCCGCAGAGCUUCCUACCUGGGCAGAAGCCGCCGGUACCGGAACGAAACGCCGAGUUGCUACAGAUGGCAAGCGCCAGGAGGGUACCGCCACCACCGCCGCCGCGCACCAGCUCCCGAUCACCUCUGGCGAGCCCCACCAGCCCGCAGCUACCGCCCAGAAAUCAUCCAUGCAAUCUGCAAAGUGGCAACGCGACCUUGCGCCGACCCUCGCGCAACAACAGUCUCGUCGGCAAGGAGGGUAAGCCGCCGAUGGCCCUACCGCCGAACGCCAUCCUGUCCACCGUAGACCAGGUCGCUCCGCAGACCGCGCCGGGCGUCGCCGCGCCGCAAAACUCGUCGUCCUCGCAAACCGCGGUGCUAUCGACCAGCAACUCCAGCUCCUGCGAAAGCGUCAACUCGCAGGAGGGAUUGCAGAGCAAGCGCGGUCGGCAGGAGCAGCUGGAGCAACGGCACCAGGAACUACUCAGGAAGCAGAAAGCUCUGCAGGAGCAAUAUGCUAGGCUGCAACAGCUACAGAGGAACGCGGCCGGCCUCACCACCGUGCCGCCGGCGCCGCCCGAUCUUCUGAAGAAAACCGGCUCCGAGAGCAAUCUCCUGGCGAAGAUGGGCCUCGGUUUGAGCGCGGCAAGUUCCGGAUCCCUCACCAGCCUCAGCAUCAAGCCCCAGAUCUCGCAGGAGGCCGUUGCGAUCGACGGUAAUCAAGUAGCCAAGGCCGAAAUCAUUAACGGGCAAGCGAUUCCAACGAUCAUCGCGCAGACGACCAACGGACAAGUCUCCGGUGCCACGUCGGCGAUGGUGAUGUCGGGUACGACGACCACCGGCGCAGCCAUCACCGUCACCACCACGUCCACCACAACUACCAGCAAAGUCUAUGAAACGGACAUUCUGUGACCGAGAAGCCGCUCGCUGAUCGGCUGCUCGACCGUCAAGGUCGCCACUGAGAUCGCUCUGGCGAGUUAACACGGUGACUGGUGGGAUCGCGAAGCUGCUACCGCAUGGUCCUUGGUCCUCGAACGACAGAGCAGGCUGUCCGUCAAAUGAGACGAGUAAGAAGAAGGGAACGAAACGCGAAAUCCUCGCAGACGAUCGAAGAACGAUUCGGGUUUGAGUUCGACAACAAGGAAUUGCUAGAAUUAAGAAGAUAAAUUGGCUGACGAACAGGAAGAAACGCGAACUGGGAAGAACGGAUGGUGGAGGAAGGCUGCUUCCGGUAUCCUGAACGACGAGGGCACCGCCGUACGUUUGGGGCGUCUCUUGGAAAGUAGAGUACAGCGUAGGGAUUCGAGCGCGUAAUAAUACCACACUAAUCGCUAUGGUUAAUAUAGUAUUAAUGAUUGAAAAAAAAAAAACGCGUGGCGCGAGGAAACCUUUCGCAUGACGAAGCGUCAACGUCCGAACUGAGAAAAAAAGACAGGAGGAAAUAGGAAACGCGACGCGAAUCUCGCAUCACGUAGCAUAUUCAAGGCAGGCAGGCGGGAUAUAUCCCGGUUCUCGCGUCUUGCCCUCCGUCUCUCGAUAUUUACCCUCCCCUCAGCUUCGAUCUCGGCGAUCGGGAAACGCGCCGAAUUGUCAAAAGUCGACCUGAGCUCGUACACGUCCGCGCGUCCGUACUCCUCGCAACGUCUGUGUGCCAAAUACGAGAGCAAAAGAGGAAAUGCGCGAGAGGAACUCUCGCGAACUUUUUUCUAAGAUAAUUAUACACCCGUAAUUAUUCCGGCUAUUCGUUCUUUCUUCAUCGUAGUAGAGCGAGCGUAAGGGAUUCUACGUAGGUGAUCAUCGUAUAUAAAUAUUAUACAUAUAUACAUACGUAUUAUAUAUAUAAAUAUAUACAUAUACACACGCUACACAUGUACGCGCGGGCGGGCGGGAGAUUUAUAUAAAUAUAUACACGUAAGUGGAGAUAUAGGUAGGUAGAGAGCUAAGUAUAUAAUAUAUAAAAUUGUAUAUUUCAUACACACAACAUAUGAAAUAUACUGCAAUCAUACACGUAUAAACGCCGCAGAACAGAGCUGCGGAAACGAUCUUUUUUUUUUUUUCGAACGACGGCGAAGUGGCACGAAUAUGUAGAGAAAAAAUGCGUUUUGUACACGACGACGACGGUCCUAACGUGCACAGACGUGAGACUUUUAUCAGAAAAACUUAGAGCAAAUUGUCUACUGUACGUGUAUAAAAUAUACACACAUCCAGCCGCAUUUACACGAAAAUUUAUUAUAUACAAGGAUGCGUAGCGAUAGAGACGUAAUUCUCGUUACUAAAAAAUAAAGAUUUUACGGGCACUGUGGCGAGAAAUACGCGAUCUAUACAGGGGGCUACGAAAGAAUACAAAAGGACACGAUACAGCGGAGGUGAGAAGCUGGCACAUUACGAGAUGGUCGACAAGAGCAGCUAGUAGAGACCGGAAAGCGGCAAUAGAAUGCGAACCUGAAGAGCUACCCCUUAGACCUAUAUGUAACACCGCUCUGAUGUAUUAGCGAUAGGAUAGUCGUCCAUUGAAUCAACCGAGGUCGUAAAAACAAUCAUGCGACGUAGAAUGUUCCUAUAUCCAGGGUAUAUAUCUGCGUGAUCUCCAUUGCGUCAACCGAAUUGCAUCGACAGUUCGAAUUGAUUGAAUUUCUCUUCAGAUUACAAUUUUAAUUCCAUUUCGAUACGCAGGAUCGUUAGUUAAAAAUUAGAAUUCAAUAAAAAAUCCUUAUAGGAAUAAAUAUUAGGGGGGGGGGGAAUAAAAAGAAUCAAUCUGCAAUUUUUUUAAACACUUUAGAUAGGACUUUACAUUUAACUUUCAAACCUUGUUAAAAAAUAUUUCUAUUUAAAGUCCACUUUUUUCUGAAUUUUUGUUUAUGAUAACGAUUCGUGGACUAAAAAAGAGAAAAUCAAUUGAUUCGAAAUUAGUGCUAUCAAUGUAACUGAUUCUGGUCCGGAACAACGUGGCCGAUAACGAUCGAGAGACACGGCAAGACGCGCGAAAGAUCUGCCGACGAAAUUUUUCCGGCGGCCAAAGGUGUGCGUUAGGAAGGAUAUUGCUCAAUAUUUGCCAACCCGAACGCAACACAGCUCCGCUACAUAUACAUCUCCGCCGCGCAACGUGCAUCCCGCGUCGGAUUAUUUGGACGCUCGCGAUCAUUAGCUAAUUAUCACUUAUGCGCCCCCCCCCCUCCACUGUCACAGGAUGACGAUCAUCGAAUCAUCGCUUCAUCCAUUGUCGCGAUUGCCGUAGGAUCGAGCGUUUUGCGAUCAAGGUUGCGAUCGAUGGCAAACUGCUGUCAUAAUAUCAUAAUUGUCACGCUAAUAUUCGUAGCUGAAGAUUUUUAACGCGAUCAGAUCGAAGAAAAAAAAAUCGGUUAAAGAAGUUCGUGUGCAAAUGCAACUGGAAGUCUGGGAAACUGAUAUAUCAGUGCGAAUUCAAUGAAACAAUUCGUCGGCAACAAGGCCUCGUGCGUCACCUUGAUCGUUUCUCGAGUGCAAUCGCCAGUUUUGAGAUAUUUUGUCGCAACUUAUAUCGCACGAGCUCCGUCGUCGCGCCUUCCGGACAACGCAAGCGUCUAAACAUCCCUCCGGAGGAUGUCGGGGCGACGUGUUCAAAAUCGCUCUCUCCUCAAGAACGACUCUCAAAGAGUCUGUUCGCGUUAUCCGGACCAUCGGCGCUCGACGCAGCCAUGUACUUUGCUUCGUGAAGGGCCUAACAGCUGACACAUGUUCGCGUAUAUAUACGUAUUUAUUUAUUUUGUACGCUUCCACCCUUUACGUUAGCCUGAUUCGCAUCCGCGAACCGGUUCGACGAGGCUUUCGUAUCAACCCUCGGAUGUAAACAUUUGCACAGAUUUCACCUUGGAUGGAUGGACGAUUCUCUCUGGACGAGAUCGCCAGAAGAUCGCACAUUUUUUAUUGGAUUUUUUAGCGUUCAACGAAUCGUAUCUUCUUCAAGGCGAACGGCGCGUCUCCAAUUAUCGAUCGAAAAGUUGCAGAGUAAAAUUCUAAUUAAAUGGCCAAGUGGCAAAAUUACGACGACGAUAAACGAUGUUCUAUAUUUGACUAUUUUUUAAUUCCUAGAUCAAUUAUUCCUUUCACUAUAAGUUAGCUAGUUGGUAGUUAAGUAAUUAGAGAAAAUUAUUGAAAAUUGUUAUUAGGAAUCAUUAUAGGAGAUUAUUAUUAUGCGCGCGCUACGACGUUGUCUCUUACGCAAGAUCGCGGAUGGACAAUCGCGUCGAGUUAUAGUUAAACACGUGUUCGCGCCUUUUGCUAAUAUUCGCGCAAGAAAGAGAGCAGGAAUUAUGAGUAUCGGCAUAUCUCGCGAUCGGAAGCUCGUUAAUCUUAUGAUUUCUUGGUAGCAAUAUUAGCGUAAUUGAUAAGCGAUGUGAACGUCUAUUGUCGCGAUCGAUUGAGAUAUUUAUCUCGCGGCUGAGAAAAAGGUGAACGCGCUGCUCUCUUGACGCAGCAAUGAAGUGACGCAGUUGAUCGCGUCCGGGGGUUGAAACGCGCAGCGAAAAAAGGCAUAUCUUAUUUAUUUGUCCACACACACAUAUACACACAUACGUACACGCAGUCCGGAGCACGUCUUUAUAGGGAAAAUAAUAAUUAUUUACACAGUAAGAGUAUACUAAGGAUAAGGCGAAUGAUAAUGAUUGAUAAACGAACAUUACGAUUUGCUGCGAGUGCUUAUCAAGUAUUAUAACGAUAACGACGUGCGAGACAUGGUCCCCCAGCGGGGACGGAGAUAGAAAAGGGAAAAAAGGGAAAUUAAAAAAAAACGAAAAUCUCGUUCUUUUUUUUCUAUUGGAUUCUCUUUUUCUUUCCACGCAAACGGUCGGUUUGCAUACGAUAUCGUUUCACGAUUGUAGGUACUUACAGCGUGUCGCCACAACCGUAACGUUGCAUUUGUAUAAAGAACGGUGCACUUUCGUUCGCGUCGAUACUCAUCCGGGUAUCGGUUAUAGAGCCGUUACAUUCGUUACCGGAUACGUUUAAUCGCUAGGUAUCAAUCCUCGUUCUCACCCUCUCACCUCCCUCUCCUUCCCAAUCGAAGCGACGACAAAGCGUUUCGCGGGACAGACGCGCGCUGUCUCAUAUCCGCGCGACGGACCAAGCGCGCGGACCCCGAUCAAUUCGGAUCGAUUUUACGUUUUCUCCCUUCCCCUCUCCCCCUCCUGCCCCUCUCCGUUUUCCCUCCCAUUCGUAACGCGAAUUAGCGAAAGGUCAUUAGUGUAAUGUUUUCUGAACGAAUCCUGUACGCCAAAUCGAAUUGACUUGUUACAUUUGUAAAUGUUUGUAAGUACUACCGUACGUAAUAAAAUAAUCGAGUAAUAAUCAUCGAAUUGCCCUGACGACCAUCGUGUGUCUGUUAUCCAAUCGAUUAAUUCAAACCUUUACGAACAACGAAUAAAGCAAAUCAUGACAUACCGUA